AUGGCGCCCACCCCACUGACCCCCUCCUCGUCGCAGGAGAUCGUCCCAAUCUCGCCUCCUCCUCCCGCCGCACUCAAGCGGAAACGCGAAGUGACCGACCCGUCCGCCUCGAUCACGCUGCCCAAGCCGCUCGAAUGGAAGCCGUCUAUCGACCUCAAAGAUAAAGCCUACAGAGCGAGGAACGCGUAUGAGCAGAAGGUGGAUACGCAGGGCGGGAAGAAGAAGGCAAGGCAGGCCGAGGUGGAGAAGCAGCGGGAAGAGGUGAGGGGGAUGAGCCGGGAGAAGCAGACUGCUAGAAUGCUGAGCACGCUGGGGAAAGAGGUCAACCCAAUAACGAACUCUGAUCUGUACUCACGGACGGACCACUUUGUGUCUGCUGCAACGGGACACCAGCAGUCGAAUCGGGGUGGAGGAAGCGCUGGAGCUGGGACCUACUGGGAGGUCAGAACAGCCAAGAUGGAGGAGCAGGCUAGGGCGAAGAAAUCGGAUCUACUGAAGGGUCUGGUGUUCUACAUCAACGGCUCGACCGGUCCAAGAGUAUCGAACCUGCAGCUGCAGCAUCUCAUCACAGCCAACGGUGGUCGCUUUGUACCCAUGCAAAGCGCAUCAUGUACUCACAUCCUCGCGUCGGGUGGCCUGUCGGGCACCAAGACCCAAAAAUGGAUCGAUGGUCAGGGUGGCCGAGGGUCCGCUAAGCGGAUGAAGGUCGUCAGCGUCGACUGGCUGCUCGACAGCGUCGAGAAGGGGGUGAAGUUGAGCGAGGCGGGGUAUGGCAUGAUCACUGAUCCCUCUCAGCAUAAUUUGUUCUCAGCGUUCGGCACCAAGCCAAAGAAGGAGCUCCAAGGAGAAGACGAGGGAUAG